AUGACAGCCAUCUGGUACCCAAUUUCUACGUUCAGUAUUCUUCUUCGAUCUCCAUUGAGGUCGGCUGCAUUUGCAAGAGUUGCUGCUGCACCUCAGGUUGGCUCUGUUGCUGCCGCUGGGAAUGAGACUGUUGUUGCAUCUGCUGUUGAAGCUGUUAUUGUAUUCCAGUAUCCCGUAAGAGCGAAUCGACUUGAGACUGACUUUGAGGCUGCUGUUAAAGCUGCUGAUGUAGUCCGGACUGUUGCGGUUGGGCGUGUUGCUGAAUUUGGUACUGAGGCUGUUGUUGCAUCUGCUGUUGAGGCUGUUGAAGCUGUUGUCGUAGUCCAGGGCCCAAUAAGAGCGACUCGGUUUGAUGUUGAGUUUGAUGUUGGGGUUGUUGUUGAAGCUGUUGUUGAAACUGCUGUUGUACCCCCUGCUGUUCUACUCCCAGCUGUUGCGGCAGAAUCUAAGGUUGCUGUAAUUUGA